CCUCACUUCAAUGGGAUUAGAGGAAGAAAUGCCCUCUUCAUACUGCCGGCUGUCAUGUCAGGGCUCAGGGACUGCCUGGAAAAGCAUUAUGGACUGAGGACACAAAGAAGAUCAAGAUAAGUCUCAAGUUUGGAUUACAAAGCUGAUCAGUUUUUGGAUUCUUAUUCUAACAAGAAACACGUUUUUGAUCUAGGGACCUGAGGGAGAUAUGCAAGUAAUCCGAGGCUGCAGACUCAGAAAAAGCAUCCUGCUCUGUUUAUUCAAUACUUUCUAAGCAAUGACUGAACUCAGGGGUCAUAGGCAGAGUUCAAAUGCUGCAAGCAGCACUGUGAUGGAACUUCAGUGUGCGUCAUUCAACUUUGAUGCCCCAUCUUCAUCUUCCUCUCCAAAACUUUACCAGGCUGACUUCAGGAGAGUCGAUCGCACAGAGGAUAGCAAUUCCUUUCCGAUCCCCGGCCUGGCAGCAGACAUUCUGCACAUGCGAGUGAAAGAAGGAAGCAAGAUCCGCAACUUGCUGAGGUUUGCGACAGCUCGAAUGCAAGAGGAGGGAGAAGAGAGAAAAGGGGCAUUAUUGAGGCAGGUAAUCUUUACUGGUUCAGGUAGAGGAGUCACCAAGACCAUCACCUGUGUGGAGAUUCUGAAGCGUAAAGUGGGAGGGCUACACCAAGUGUCCAAGCUCUAUUACAAGACAGCGAGUGAUGUCUGGGAGAGUCCACAAACAGGAGCUUCAAGUGUAUCCAUGCAGAGGACAAUUCCUUCCAUCUGUAUCCUGCUCUCCAAAGAUCCUCUGGAUCCUCAGGAGCCGGGAUACCAACCCCCCGAAACCCCGGGUGUUACCAACGAAGACGCAAAGAGACAAAGAGUUCUGCUCAGGCCAGCUCACAGUCCCUCCUCACACACAGCAAAGAGAGUCUGCCUGCAUGACCAGAGUGAAUCUUCUCCGCAAACAACCAACGACUUGACUGCAGCACGAGAAAGAUUCCAAAAUUAACAUAAAUUAUGCUUCAGAGUUUUUUUUUCUCAUUGUGUCUUAUAAUUCUUUGGGGUUUUACUUCAAAUUAUACAUCUGAAUAUAAACAUUUUUGAAUGUUCAUGUACGCUAUAGUGAACAACUGCCUCUGCCUCCAAUGGCCAAAAUGAAGGACAGUCUCUCAGUUCAUAUUCACAAUCCCAUUGUAGCUCACUGAUAAAUGAUAAAAGUAUUUGCAGAAAUAAUAUAGUGCAUGUUGACAUUUUAAUGUCUUGCAACUGUCUUUUACUUUCUUUAUGAAAAGUAUGCCUAAUGAAACUGGUCAAAAAUGAGUUAUGUAAUAACAGAGCUCUUAUAAUUAACAAGAUCCAAAAAAGCGCUUGAAAAGCGCAAACAUGUUGUACAUUCAUCCAUUCAUAAUACUGGAUCAUAGGACCAGAAUGCGUUUUUCUUUUUUUAAAUUAUGAUGCUCUCAAUUUUU